CUGGUGGUGGGGCCUCUGCCGCACCCCUCCUACCUGCGGGAUGUGACGGUGGAGCGUCACGGGGGGCCCCUGCCCUAUCACCGACGCCCCGUGCUUUUCCGAGAGUACCUGGACAUAGACCAGCUGAUCUUCGACAGAGAGCUGCCCCAGGCCGCUGGUCUCCUCCACCACUGCUGCUUCUAUAAACACCAAGGACAGAACCUGGUGAUGAUGACCGUGGCCCCCCGUGGUUUGCAGUCAGGGGACCGGGCCACCUGGUUUGGCCUCUACUACAACAUCUCAGGGGCUGGGUUUUUCCUACACCCCGUGGGGUUGGAACUGCUGGUAGACCACAAGGCUCUGGACCCUGCCCGCUGGACCAUCCAGAAGGUGUUCUUUCAAGGCCGCUACUAUGAGAGUUUGGCCCAGCUGGAGGACCAGUUUGAGGCUGGCCUGGUGAAUGUGGUGCUGAUCCCAGACAACGGCACAGGUGGGUCCUGGUCCCUGAAGUCCCAGGUGCCUCGGGGUCCAUCUCCUCCUCUGCAGUUCUACCCCCAGGGCCCCCGCUUCAGUGUCCAGGGGAGUCAAGUGGCCUCCUCACUGUGGACUUUCUCCUUUGGCCUUGGAGCUUUCAGCGGCCCGAGGGUCUUUGACAUCCGCUUUCGGGGAGAACGACUAGCUUAUGAGAUCAGCCUCCAAGAGGCCUUGGCCAUCUAUGGUGGAAAUUCCCCCGCGGCAAUGCUCACCCGCUAUAUCGAUGGCAGCUUUGGCAUGGGCAAGUACUCCACUCCCCUGACCCGGGGGGUGGACUGCCCCUACCUGGCCACCUACGUGGACUGGCACUUCCUUCUGGAGUCCCAAGCCCCUAAGACAAUACGUGAUGCCAUCUGUGUGUUUGAACAGAACCAGGGCCUCCCCCUGAGGCGACACCACUCAAAUUUCUACUCCCACUAUUUUGGGGGCCUUGCAGAGACAGUGCUGGUCCUCCGAUCUGUGUCGACCUUGCUCAAUUAUGACUAUGUGUGGGAUAUGGUCUUCCAUUCCAGCGGGGCCAUAGAGGUCCGAUUCCAUGCCACUGGCUACAUCAGCUCAGCAUUUCUCUUUGGUGCUGCCCGAAGGUACGGGAACCAGGUUGGGGAGCACACGCUGGGGACCGUCCACACCCACAGCGCCCAUUUCAAGGUGGAUCUGGAUGUAGCAGGCCUGGAGAACUGGGUCUGGGCUGAGGACAUGUCCUAUGUCCCCACGGCGGUACCCUGGAGCCCCGAGCACCAGAUGCAGAGGAUGCAGGUGACCCGCAAGCUGCUGGAGACUGAGGAGCAGGCCGCCUUCCCCCUGGGAGUCACCCCACCCCGCUACGUGUACCUGGCCAGCAACCACAGCAACAAGUGGGGUCACCGGCGGGGCUACCGCAUCCAGAUGCUCGGCUUUGCUGGGGAGCCGCUGCCCCAGAACAGCUCCAUGGAGAGAGCCUUCAGCUGGGGAAGGUACCAGCUGGCAGUGACCCGGCGGAAGGAGGAGGAACCCAGCAGCACCAGCAUCUACAAUCAGAACGACCCGUGGGCCCCCACCGUGGAUUUCACUGACUUCAUCGACAACGAGACCAUUGCUGGAGAGGACUUGGUGGCCUGGGUGACAGCUGGUUUCCUGCACAUCCCACAUGCAGAAGACGUUCCCAACACGGUGACUGUGGGGACCGGUGUGGGCUUCUUCCUCCGGCCCUACAACUUCUUUGACCAGGACCCUUCCUUCGAGUCCCCUGAUUCCGUCUAUUUCCGGGGGGACCAGGAUGCUGGGGCCUGUGAGGUCAACCCCCUGGCCUGCCUUCCCCAGGCUGCAGCCUGUGCCCCCGACCUCCCUGCCUUCUCCCACGGGGGCUUCUCUCACAACUGAGGGGUCCUUGGGUUGGGGUAUGUGGCCAGGGGCCCCAGGGCCAGCGUGUGUGGGGAGGGGAGCAGUGGGCGCUGGGCCAGGCAGCCUGGCACC